AUGGUGCUCUCUACGUCCAACAUCAAACAAAUCGCUGCAGCCACAAUCGCCGUCGCGGCCGUGGCAGUUGGUUCGUCGAGUUUGUAUGUAUACUUCCUCCAUCGGCGACUAGCUCGGUCGACACUACACGUAUAUAAAUCCUGCAAUGGAAGCGAUCUUGCAUCUGUCGCAGAUACAAGCGAAUAUGGCAAGAAUGCCGAAUCCGCAAUACAACCAAUAUGCGCCACCAUUCCGGAAAAGGUCUUGACCUCAAAUCAAUACGUGGUCAUCUACGAUCGAGCAUGGCGCAUCCUCAACAAGGCCAGCGAUCUACCAUCCGACAACAACCUCAACACCGCUCUCGGCGGAAACACAGACUCGUGGACCUAUGAGCAGAAACUACUCACAACAUAUCUCCGUCGCAACAUGUCCGCGUUCGCGCGCUAUCUACCACAAGCACGAAUCAUAAAAAUGAUGAUCCGCAAAUCCAAACCUGAAGCAGUACAAACACUCAAUCCGGCAUUCAUUGAGAAGCUGGAUUUUGCGGCUGGCGAUGUAGUCUGCGGCGUGUAUGAAGUACUUCGGAGGGAGGAUGCGGUUGUUGAAUUUGGGAUAGCUCAACCUGCUCCAACUACCAGCCAAAAUCAAAGUGCAAAGAAGAAAGAGGGUGCUGGAUUUGAGGGGAGAUUGGUUAUUGGCAUGAGACCUGUCGGGGAUUUGCUGGAGGUGUAUAGUGAAACGAUCAUGUGGCGCGACACCAGCAAGAAAGGCGUGGUGAUGCCGUUAGAACGGAAGAUUCCGCGGGUGUUGCACGAGUUGGCGUCGUGGUGGUUACUUGAUUCUGGUGUAGAUUAUUUGAGGGGAUUGAAGAGCGAUCUUUCCUAG